GAACGACUACACCGAGCAAGUAGGAACCAUCGUCGUCGAACAACUACGGCUGAAGGGGGGAACUAUUUUGAUGACGGACAAACAUGAGUACUACACUUGUUCUAUGUCAGGUGCUAAGGUGGUCAUGGCGGAGUUUUGCUUCACUUGCACUCGGUGCUGGUCAGCAGGGAAGGCGUCUUGUUCGGCCACAAUCCCACGUAUCGUGUAGACUUUCCUCAUCCUCCAACGACCACAUGGUCAAGUCAUCACAGCAAGACGAUUGCAAAUCGUAUCCUCGGCAGCCGGUAACGGAGCUGUCCGUACGGUCUUUUCUUGAUAUGGGAUUCACAGACCCCCAGGCUGAGCUGCUCCACCAGACUGUGUCCAAAGCCAAGGGGUCGGGCGCUGCUCAACAAACCCUCUCGGCUCUUACAGCUCUGUUUGUGCUAGGCCUUAACCCGUCAAGCGUGCUGAAGGUGCUGGAGAAAUGUCCCGAACUUCACCACAUCAACGAAUCCAAAUUAACCCAGCGCAUAAACCACCUGCGUAAACUGGGAUUAGUAGAAGGAAGUCUUCAGCGAGUUGUUGCCCAUUACCCCCAGAUCCUCACAGUCCCUGUGAAACGGAUCAAGUUUGUGGUUUUGUUCAUCAGAGAGAAGGGCCUUUUCACCGUCCAACAGGUCGCAGAAAUCCUCAGAGAUAGUCCAGCCAUAGUACAGGAAGACCUGGACCGACUGGAGUACAAGUUCCAGUAUGUCUUCUUCCGCAUGGGUGUGAAGCAAGCAGAGAUGGUGAAGUCCAAGCUGUUCCGCUUCUCCCUCGAAGAGGUGCGCUGUCGCCACUGUUUCCUGGAGCGCAGGGGCUUGUACCAGACCCCAGAUAAGAAGGGGCAGACGGUCAGUGAAAACCCCAAACUCAGCCAGAUCCUCCACUUGGACCUAGAGACCUACCUCACCGAUGUUGCCCGGGCAACGGCGGAAGAAUACGACACGUUUGGGAAAAUGAUGGAGAGGGAAUGGCAGGAGGAGGUGCGACAAGAGAGGGACAUGGGAGCUGACAGUGACAACGACUACGAGGACGAGGAUGAUAAUGAAGAUGAACAUGAGGAGGAAGAGGUGGGAGGAGCUAAGAGCUCAUACACAAGGAAGAGGAAGUCCUAAGCUAGCACAAUGCUGUUAAUAAAGCUAUUUACCUUUUCAUUGAGGGUCAGACACCUAACAUUGUCAAACAAAUAAAACAGAAUUGUUAAAUCAA